CAGUUGUGGUUGUGUACUGCCAGUGUGUGUGUGGUUGAGUGUGUGAGUGUUUGAGGGAUUUAAAUGAGUGAGUGUGUGUGAUGAGGGCCUUCUUCCUCUUCUGGUCCCCACUCUGAAAGAGAACUUAGAGCUGUGAUGAUGUCUGGUGAAAUCAUCUACUCCGAUGUUACAUUCACUCGGCAUCAGAACCAAGAUACUGGAGCAGAAAGGGAAGUUUCUAAUGGAGUAGCCGGACGUGAAGAGGAUGUCACAUACUCUGAGGUUAAAAGACCGGGAGGUAGAGCUAGUGAGCAGGAUCCUGGGAAAGGAAGGGACCCUGGCAAUAGUGACCCCACUCCCCCAGUGGGGUCAAAGGCUACAAUCCCUGAUGGAGGGUCUGGGAGAGUUCCCGUGGCGACCCUGGUGUGUCUCUGUGUUCUACUGCUCGGCUUGGCUAUCACUCUGGGAGUCCUCUAUGCUUCCAACAUGACUAGUCUUCAAGCUGAGGGGGCUCGCUUUGCCCAGAUGAAAGGGAAUCUAACAGGGAAACUGCGUGAACUGCAAGACAGCUAUAAGAGACUACAGAAUGAGACCCACAUCAUAACAGUCCAGGAAGAGAUGUUCUCCUCAGGUCUUCGAGACUGUGAGGCCAACCUGACUAGGGUCAAAGAUCUCCUGGCAACCAUCCAAGGGAAUCAGAAGGAAUGUAAUGCUGAUACAAAAUCAUGUUCUCCUGGCUGGGAGUUCUACAAUGGAUCAUGCUACUACUUCUCUAAAGACGAACUGACCUGGGAACAGAGUCAGCAUGCCUGCAUCUACGAUGGAGGACACCUGGUCAUUGUAGAGAGUCAGCAGGAGCAGGAGUUUAUAAUCAAAAGAUUUGUGAGAAGCACUGAUUUUGGUAACAGCCCCUGGAUUGGACUGACAGACAAGAAGCAAGAGGGAGUGUGGGUCUGGAUGGACAAUACAACUCUUGAUGACAGCAUCAAGUUCUGGGACCCAAACACUGAAACAUAUUCAAACCUUCCAGAACCAAAUGACUGGGCACCAGGUGAAGACUGUGCCCGAAUGGGUCAAAAAUGUUCCAGUCGGAUCAAAUGUUGGUUUGACUUUUCAUGUGACCAACCAUGUCGGAGAAUCUGUGAGAGUCGUGCAGUCUGUGAGAGACCUGCAGCCACUUCAUAGUGCUGCCAAAUGGAAUGUAUUGAAUUAGUAACCAGCACAAGGUACUGCAUUGUAGGGCAGUAUAAAGGACCAGUUUCCCAGACACAGAUUAAACCUAGUCCUGGACUAAGAAGCAUAUUCAAUAGAGAUUCUCCAUUCAAAGUGUUUCUUAGUCCAGGACUAGGGAUUAAUAUGUGUCCAGGAAACCGAUCUGUAAUAUCUAAUUUGGAUUCAUGGAGAGUACUAGCCAUACAAUGAAUAUACCAAAGCAGAACAGUGCAAACUGGCCCUAACCAGAAUAGAAAGCGGAGUGAGAGACCCCAGUGCAGAACUGAGAAAGAAGACAAGUACAUUAGUGCCUAGUUUGAGAAACAGACGCUUCACAAGUCCUCAACUCGCCUACCAUUAAGUGCUAAGUUAUUCAUUUAUAUUCAGAUAUUCAGGAGUAACAUUAAAACAGAGUAAUAUGCCCCACCAACAUUAGACAAUUAUACAGAAAACACUCAAAUUGCUGAAUCCAGUAAAUGAAAUCAAUGAUGACCGAACAGUCAGAUUAACUGAUAACUAAAAUAGCAGUGCGUAGAUGUAUAGGUAAUUCAUCUGUCGGGGACAUCUGAGAAUACGACUGUACAGACUUGUUAGUGCAGCAGAAAGAUCAAAGUACCCCAAAUUUAGAGGUUGUGAGUUUCAAAUCCCAGGCGGGGUCAUAUUGAAGUGAUCAUGUCAAAUGUACAGCAUAUAAUUUACCUUACCUCCUACACCAUUUAAUUACAUCCCUUGCAAAAAAUACUUAUGUGAAAUGUGCGAUUUCACAUGAAAAUCCCAUUUUCACAUGUGAAAUAGCUGUUUUCACAUGUUAAGCUGACAUUUUCACAUCUUGAACCCAUGUAUUAAAUGCACGUUAACACUACCUUUUCACAAAAAUCACGGUUCCACCUCACGUGAAAAUAGAAUUGCAUUUUCACACUUGAAAAAAAAAAUCACAUUUGAAAAUCAAAAUAUGCUGUUUUAGUUGUGAAAAUGUUUUCACAUGUAGUUUCAUGGUAUCACAUUGAAAUGUUGUAUCCCCAUGUUGUCACAUUUAUUUCACGAGAUCAUGUUUUCACAUGCUAAAAUAGUUUCCCAUGUGUAGUUUAAUGUUAUCACAUGUCGCUUUUACAUGUCAUCACAUGCCAGCAGCAAACCACCUUUCAUCCCACUGCUGGCUUGCCUCUGAAGCUGAGCAGGGUCGGGCCUGGUCUGUCUCUGGAUGGGAGACUGCUGGAAAUGGUGUUGGAGUGUCAGUAGGAGCCACUCUUCCCUCUGGUCUAAGGAGAUACCAGAGCAGUCUAGGUGACAUUUCACUACUUAGUGUUCUGUCUUUUUGAUAGGAAGUUAAACAGGUGUCCUGACUCUCUGUGGUUAUUAAAAAUCCCAUGUCACUUAUUGUAAGACUAGGGAUGUUAACCCUGGUGUCAUGGCAACAUUCCCAACCUGGCCCCCUUCCAUCAUAGCCACCUAAUCAUCCCCCUCAUUACUAGUUGGCAUAAUACAGUGUCUUCAGAAAGUAUUCACACCCCUUGACUUUUUCCACAUGUUGUUGUGUUACAGCCUGAAUUUCAAUUUGAUUACAUUGAGAUGUUUUGUCACUUUGUCACUGGCCUAAACACAAUACCCCAUAAUGUAAAAUGGAAUUAUGUUUUUCAAAAUGUUUACAAAUGAAUAUAAAAUGGAAAGCAGACAUUUCUUGAGUCAACCCCUUUGUUAUGGCAAGCUUAAUAAGUUCAGGAGUGAAUUGUGUUUAACAAGUCACGUAAUAAAUUGCAUGGACUCACUCUGUGUGCAAUGAUAGUUUUUAACAUGAUUUGUGAAUGACUACCUCAUCUCUGUACCCCGAUAAACAAUUAUCUCCAAGGUCCCUCAAUUGAGAAGUGAAUUUCAAACACAGAUUCCACCCGAAAGACCAGGUUUCCAAUGCCUCUCAAAGAUGGGCACCCAUUGGUAGGCAAAAUAAAAAGAAGCAGACUUGAGUAUCUGUUUGAGCUUGGUGAAGUUGGUAACUACACCUUGGAUGGUGUAUCAAUACUCCCAGUCACUAGAAUAAUUCAGGUGUCUGUCACGACUCCUACCGAAGGUGGCUCCUCUUCCUGUUCGGGCGGUGCUCGAUGGUCGUCUUCACCGGUCUACUCGCUGCCACCGAUCCCUUUUCCCUUUUCUGUUGGUUUUGUCUAAUUAGUUACACCUGUUUCUUGUUUACAUUUAGUUGGGCUAUUUAAGCUGGUUGGCCCGCCUGCUCUUUGUGCGGGCUUAUUUUUCCCACUGUGUUUGUGGUAGGUGUGGUAGCGUGUUGGUAGCGUGUUGGUAGCGUGUUGGUAGCGUGUUGGUAGCGUGUUUCAUUUUGGGGUUUUCCCUCUGGACUUGUUAGGUCCUGGUUUUGGGUACCGUGUUUGUUGCGCCCGUGAGUUCGCCCGUGAGUUUUGGUGCGCACAAUUUUCCCCAUGCCUAAAUAAAGCACUACUCAGUACUUUCUGCAUCCUGCACCUGACUCCGCACCCACUACGUUUAUGUGUGUCACAGUGUUUUGUACUGAAUACAGAGUGUUAUGGUUGAAGCAAAUACAAUACAAUACGUUAAUAAUGAGUUCCACUCCUCAUAUUUUCAAGUGGUGACAGAAUCAUGUUAUGGGUAUGCUUGCAAUCGAGGACUGGGGAUUUUUUCAGGAUAAAUAAACAGAGCUAAGCACAGACAAAAUCCUAGAGAGAACCUGGUUGUCUGCUUUCCACCAGACACUGGGAGAGAAAUUCACCUUCCGGCAGGACAAUAACCUAAAACACAUAGCCAAAUCUACAAUGGAGUUGCUUACCACGAAGAUAGUCAGUGUUCUUUAGUGGCAGAUAUACAGUUUUGACUUAACUCUACUGAAAAUAAAUGGCAAGACCUGAAAAUGGUUGUCUAGCAAUGAUCAACAACUAAUUUGACAGAGCUUGAAUCAUUUAAAAAAUAAUCAUGGGCAAAUAUUGCACAGUCCAGGUAUGGAAAGCUCUUAGAGACUUACCCAGAAAAACUCACAGCUGUUAUCGCUAUCAAAGUUGAUUCUAUAAAGUAAUGACUCAGGGGUGUGAAUGCUUUUCAUUUUCAAUACAUUUUGCAAACAUUUCUAAAAACGUUUUCACUUUGUCAUUAUGGGUUUUGUGUGCAGAUGGGUGAGAAAUAUACAUAUUUUAAUACAUCUUGAAUUCAGGCUGUAAACACAACAAAAUGUGAAAUUAGUCAAGGUGUAUGAAUACUUUCUGAAGGCACUCUCUCAUCACCUCUCCACCUAAUAGCUGAUGUGUGGUGAGAGUUCUGACACAGAAAUGGUUGUCUUGCAUCACCCAGGUGGGUGCAACACAUUGCUGGUGGAAGAGGUGAGUUCCCCCUACUAUGUAAAGCACUUUGAGUACCUCAGUUGGUAGAAAAGCACUAAAUGAACACAAAACAUAACACAAAAUAUACUGUUAUACUGUUAUUAUGUUAACAAUGUCAGUGUAAACAAACACUGUACAUGUAUGAAUUCCCCUAGCAACAUUCCUCAGCUGUACACCACAACAAGUGGCAGGGUGGCCGUUUUGUGGUAGUGUCAAUUACAGACUGCAGCUUUAAAUGGUCCCUGAUUUACCAUGUCCUGCAAUCCCACUUUAGUACCAUUUACUAAUAAUCAUAUGCCCUGUUUAAUAAAUUAAGGAUAAAACACACAAACAAUCUAAAGCAUUGAAACUUUCAUAAUUUAUAUUAUUGUCUUAUUCCUUUUUUCCACCAAAGUCUUAGUAAAUCAGGUAAAUAGUGUCCAUACACAAACACACUCACUCAGUACUUACAGAGUAACACACAGAGCAAGGUGGGCUCCAUUCUGUCCUGACGAUGAUCUCUGAACUACAGUUCUUCUGACAAAUCCCUCUACUUUACUACGGGAAUAAAUAUCACUGAUUUACAAAAAUAUUGGAACAAAGUUGUCUAAUGAAGCCAAACCAUUUAGAAUCCUCCAAUCCUGUAGCCUACUCCCAACCAUCAUGUUGUUCCACACCUUCCGAACGGAAACCCCGAGGGUUUAAAUGGUAUUUUUCUCUGAAUAGAAACACCAUAAUAUUAAUCAAACGAAUUAAGCCACAUUUCUUAAAAUGAAUCCCAUAUACUAUGUUAUUACAAAUAAGGUUUUAAAUUCUCCGGUAAUGCCAAUAUGGAAUACUAUCAAAUGCUUCUCAAAGAUGCCCUCUGGUGGUCAAACUAGUGUAACCGGUGUGAAAUUGCUAGCCAGUUAGCGGGGUGCGCGCUAAUAGUGCUUCAAUCAGUGACGUCACUCGCUCUGAGACCUUGAACUAGUUGUUUCUUUUGUGGAGAGAUGGGUAACGAUGCUUCGUUGGAGGCAGUUGUUGAUGUGUGCAGAGCGUCCCUGGUUCAAGCCCAGCGAGGAGAGGGAAGGAAGCUACACUGUUACAUUAGCAUUAAUUAACAGAUAAAAUGGCUGACAAAUAGUCAACGUUCCACAGAAUGCUGCAGCAACCCGCAAGGUGUGCCGCAGUAUGACACAACCUUUAAAGGAGGAACCACUAUAUCUAUCUCUGGCUAUACCAGACAAAGCCAUGGCAAAUUGGGUUUCCAGAACUGCAGCCACGUAUUUGAGCUAUUUUCCACAGGUCAAACGCUUUUGCUUUUAGCCAUAAUUGACUGCCAAAUCUCUGUAGUUCCUCCACAUAAGCCGCUGGAAGUGACAGAUACGUUGUAUAGCUAUAUUUGUAAACAUGAAUUGUCUAAUUAAUUAAUAAUUAGACAUACAGUAUGUAUAAAAAGAAGAAACAUUACAUACCUGGUAGGUUGUUGCUUGAUUGAUUUAUUCAUUGAAUGAUUGGUUUAUGUAUUUACUUAUUGAUUGGUCAAUUUGAGGGAUUGGAUGGGUUUCCCAUUUUCAAUUCAGCUGUUUUGUUUACACAUUUCCAGCAUGUACAGUGCUACUGUAUUCAUCUGCAUGUUUUCACAUUCAUUUACAGAAAAUAAGACACAUGUAAAACGCUCUACUGCUAAAGGAAAUCUGCUGUUCAAAUAAUAAUAAUGCGGGCACCCUGCCGCCAUUUUGUUUUUACAAUUGCAAUGUUUACAAACAAUGGAGUUAAACAAGCAUAUGUUGUAUUCUACAUGAAUCAAUAGUUAUAUACCACUCAUUUAAAAGUAUGUAGCAAUCGUAAAUUGCCACUUCAAAUAUGGAUGAAAUUAGACCAAAACAAAAUAAACAAUAAAUUACCAUAAUUAUC